CCAGUGCUUCUAUCUUUUCUAGUCAUUCCAGUGUGUUGUAGGAUAUGUCAGUGGCUGGCUGUGUGUUUCCUCUGCUCAGUGUGUCUGUCUGCGCUUAUCUUCAUCUGACAUUUGGAGCAUGUGUGAAUGAGGCGGUGGCGCGCGGAGCUGCCAUCCCUCAAACACCAGGGGAAAGCCAAGUGACACAGCAGUUCCCGAGAUGUGUUCUUAACUCGUCAGUCUCUUCACAGAGGAAUUGUCUAAUGUAAGUCCAGCCAUCAUGACAUCGGUGUGGAAGAGACUCCAGCGCGCUGGAAAAAGAGCGUCGAAGUUUCAGUUUGCCGCGUCCUUUCAAGAACUCACCGUAGAGUGCACUAAGAAGUGGCAGCCAGACAAACUGCGAGUGGUUUGGACUAGACGAAACAGACGCAUCUGCAGCAAGCUUCAUGGCUGGCAACCGGGCAUCAAGAACCCAUACAGGGGGACUGUGGUCUGGCAGGUUCCUGAGAGCGUGGACAUCACCGUCACUCUCUUUAAGGAUCCGAAUGCAGAUGAAUUUGAGGACAAAGACUGGACAUUUAUCAUUGAGAAUGAAACAAAGGGUCACAGAAAAGUUUUAGCGUCAGUGGAUGUGAAUAUGAAGAAGUUUGCAAGCGCGACCCCGGCUCAGUUUGACCUGUCGCUUACACUGAAGCCUCUUUCUGUGAAAGUGCUGGACGUCACACUCAAGCUCACCCUGUCCUGCGUCUUCCUGAAGGAGGGCAAAGCUACUGAUGAAGACAUGCAAAGUCUUGCGAGUCUGAUGAGUUUAAAGCAGUCGGACAUUGGAAACCUGGAUGACUUUAAUGACAGUGAUGAAGAGGAGGACAGAAGACUGAGUGCAGCGGUGAAAAAUGCCACAGCAGUCAUAGCUCAUUCUGAACCGGAUCGGAUGAGCUGUUCCUUCAUCACUCCUAAUGCUCCUCUCCAGUACCGUCCUCUGUCUUUAUACCCUUCUGUCCUGCCUCUCGCCACGUCCUGUUUCCAACCCCUCCAUGCGGCCACCAGUGUCCCGCAGACACGGCCGUCUCAGUAUGCCUUCACUAUACCUGCAUUUGCACGUGCUCAUCCACCUGCACUACCCAAAAUCUUCCAGCCACCGACGGGCUCAGUUGCUGUGUCUGUCACUCAAAGGCCGCCAGGAGGUCUUGCUAACUCUGAAUUAACAGCGAGCAGUCGAUCUGCUGAAGGUGGUGUAGUUCCUCACCCACAGCCCCACUCUUUUCUUCCUGGGAUUAGUACACCCCUUUCUCUGUCCUCUUCUCAAUCCUCCUCAUCCCCUCAGCAGACUACACUACCUGAUGUACCCAAGAGAGCCACCUGUCCUGCUGCUCGUAGCAAGACCUGGAGACCACACAGCUUUCCCUCUUCAAGCUCCAUCCCUUCUGCUUCUGACCCCUCCUCUUUUGAUUUUGGCCCCUCCCCUCAUGGUUCAAUGACUCUAGCUGGACCACAGCCAUCAAAAAUAUAUCGUGCCUCAUUGGCUGAGCCAGGCUCCGCCCUCACGAAACCUACAAGCAUGCCUUCUGCCACAGAGACAGCAUCUUGGCAGAAAGAGUGGAGAUCUCCAAAGCUGCGGCCUGCUCUGUGUCCUGCUCCAUCCACAUCCUCACAACAUACUAACCAGCAGCUUCGCCCUGCACAAACACAUCCUCUAAUGCAUGCCCCCAUUCUCACACUCCCUUCACCCCCGACCGUGGUGUUUUCCACUGCUACUCCAAAUCCUGGUCUAACAUCUCCCAGUGUCGCUCCCUCCUCUGAGAUACUCAGCCCUGUCUCUGUCCCUCAAACGCUGUCAUCUGCCAUCCUCACUCCUCCUCCAGCAUCACUUGUUGGCCCCAUUGCUCCUAGUUCUAGUUCUCCAUCUGCCCCUUUUCCCUGUGUUUCUGCUCUCCUGUCUACUCCUCAUCCCGCUGUUUCUGAUGCUCCUCUGUGUCUCACUUCUGAUGUUGGUCCUGUGGUCAUCACUCCUGUUUUCUCCGAUCCAGAGUCUAUCCCAGAGCUCCAGACUUCUGAAUGCAGACAUCAGGUUGUGCCCACAGUGGUUAUACCGAAUGUGCGCAGGCCGAUAGCUCCUUGUCCUGUAGAUGCUCCUUCUUCUCCUUCCUCUUCCUCUUCUUUAAUUCUUCCUUCACCCUCUUCCAUUCAUACCCAAACAUCUACCAUAACCUCCAUUUCAAUGCCUUCCUCUGAUUCACUCACAGAGAAACACAGACAGUUAAGUGUAUUAACUGAGGAGGAAUGUCCUAAUACAGUGAGUUCUGCUGAUGAGGUUGCAGAUACUAAGGCCAUAAAUGUUCCUCAAAACCAUGAACCUCACCCUCGCAGAGUCCUCAGUAUGGCCAAUCAGCGACCAAACAGCAUAUUGGACAAACAGCGGCCUGCUUUUGGACUUGAGGUUGUACGGCCUGCAAAAGGACCAGAGAGUAUGGCCUCUCUGCUGGCCAGUGAUCAUACCUCAUCCACUGCCACUGAUAUCACAUAUUUCGAACUGCCAAAAUCAGAGCUCUCCCAUAAAGAUAAAGUACCCACUCAAGAAGCCCCUGAAGCCCCUGUCCUAGAAGCUGCUGCAGCCCCUGCAUUCACCGCUCCAUUACCUGAAGUCCAGAUCAAUCAGUCAGAGAGUUCACAGAGCCCUGCUGAGCUGGCCGUUUUACACUCGGCUGCACAUGAGCAGACAGAAGACGAGACAAUUUCUCAUAAAAACAAGCCAGAGCCGUGUCCAAGUAGCUUUCAGCCGGCAGAAAUAGAAGAGCAAGAGGCCAAAGCAGAAUCUGUGCCUCAGCUGCUCUUAAGUUCAGAAAUGUCCCCGUCAGAUCACACUGAUGAGGGCACCAAAAGCAUGGCCGCUUUGCUGCCCUCUUGCCCAAAAACAUCCCAUUCUCCUUGGUCACCAUCCACUUUGGCUGAUGAUACAGCUGAGAAUCAAAUGACAGACGUGUUUAUAGAUGGUCUGCCUUUAAUGAACAAGAAAGUCAGUGCUUUACCCAUUGAUAAGAAAGUGCUUGAAGGUAAAGAGGCUUCAACUGUUUCCAGCAUGCCAAAUCUUCUCCCAACAUGUCCAAAAGCUGCUUUUGUACCUGGGAUGGCAUCUAUAAACUUUCAAGACGCUAGGUGUCCUGAGGAUGAGUCUGUGAAGGUAUUAAAAGAGUAUAUUCAGAAAGAGAAACCAGAUGAUUUUAUUGAAGAAAUGGAUACCUCACUGUAUGAUCAAAGCACAGUGGAAAAUAUGAUAUCACUACAGUUAGCUUGUCCAAAAGCUGCCAACAUUCCUGGAUUUCCAUCUAUGCCUUUCUGUGUGGUCAGUCUUCCACCAUUAUGUCCAGAUGUUUCUGAAAUUCCAGGUUUUUCUUCAAGAUAUCCAAGCCUUUGCACAGACAAACUCUGGCCUAAAAAGAAUGUAGUGAUUUGUUUUAGGAGAAAUAAGAGACAGAUUUUACCAACAUCAUCAAUGAAGAUAAAUGAUGAAAUGACAAGAACUAUGUUUGCGAUUAGACCGUCUUGUUCAGCUUCACCUAAGAUUUCAGGAUUUCCAUCCGCUCCAAAACCAGUUGCACCAAACAUGGUCAGGAUUUCACAUUGCUGUCCAAAGGUUUCCAGUAUUGCUGGAUUUCCAUCUGCAAAAGUCUUUGCUGUUCAAAAUCUCUUUCAUAUGUGGCCAUCCAAUAAUGAAGCAUCUCUGAUAACAGCACAAAAGAACCAAUCCAGUUUGCCACGAAUUGUAAAUGUAUCAAAAGAAGAUUGUUUAACCAGUAUGGUGAGCUUAGUGCCAUCUUGCCCAAGGAAAGCAAGGACUCCUGGUUUUCCAAGUGCACCAAAACAAGACAUCACAUUCUCUAUAACAAAACUCCUACCUUUAUGUCCAUCAGCUUCUUGUGUCGCUGGAAUAUCAUCUAUACAAACUCUUACAAGCGAAUUAGAUUCAUUUCAGAAAUGGCCAAAUGACAAACCAUUCUGGAUCAAGACAUUGGCCUCCCAGCCAUGUCGUUUUAUCAAUGCACAUCCAGCUCAGUAUGAAGUUACAGAAGACAAGUAUAUUUUCAACAAUAUGCUGUCAUUAAUAUCAUCAUGCCCCAGAAAAGCAAGAAGUCCUGGACUUCCUUCUGCACCAUGGCUCAUGCCUGAAACACAAAUAACAUCUGGUACUUUAUCAGCAUGUCCACAAACCUCUAAAACACCAGGCUUUCCCUCUUUAGUCCCAAGCAAGCUUGACAAGGCUGUGGUUAAUAUUUGGCCUUUUAAGGAGAAAGCAUUUAUAGAGCGAAGGUGUUUGCCAGAGUACACAUUUGACAAGUUAAACAUUGCUUAUCAGAACAAAGCAAAUCUUAAAGGAAUGCAUGCUAUUUUGUCGAGUUGUCCAGUAAAAGCAAAGAUUCCUGGAUUUCCAUCUGCACCGAAGCCCAAAUUAAUGCUUUAUCUUUUACCUUCAUGCCCAAGAAUCUCAAAUAUACCUGGGAUGGUAUCAAGCAUAAUACCUGAAGCAGAACUACAGUGGCCUGUAAAUAAAAAGCCAUUAUGCUUUAAACAACUGAGCAGAAAGUGCCAGUCUAUACAGGCUGUACCACCUCAAUACACGGAAAUAGAAUAUAACGAUAUGCUAGCAUUGCGUCCAACUUGUGCAACCAGGGCUAAAGUGCCUGGAUUUCCAUCUUCCCCAAGACUAACAAUUGAGAAGGCAACACCAGAUAUGGCAUCGCUCAAGCCAUCUUGUCCUCAUUUGACAAAAUUGUUAGGUAUGCCAUCUAUUGACUUAAGAAAUGAAGCAAUGGGUUCAGGUGCAUGGCCUCAUGAUGCAAAUCAGCUGCAUAUAAGGACCUCAAAGGAUGACAUGAUAUGUUUAUCUUUAAGAAACUUGAAUCAGCCAUAUGAUGCCUACCUGAAUUUCCACACAGAAGACAUGUCUAUGAUGAUGCCAUCCUGUGCAAAGCAAUCCAAUGUCCCUGGCUUUCCAUCCACAUAUUCAGAAUCUCUACAAAUGCUUUAUCAGACCCAAGCACAAACAGACAAUGUUGGCGAUAAACAAGAGACACCAACUGUGCUUGAUCAAGCAGAUACUGAGAUGGACCUCUGCAGUGCAAAUGAGUCUGACAGUAGUUUUGCAUUUGAAAAGACCAAGGAGAAUGUGAGCUUUUUGGGAAGAAGUGAGGAAGGACAAAAGGGAAUUCUGGAAAGGGGGAAGAUGCAUUGCAGAAUGUGGCACUCCUUACCAGACAUGCCACUAUUACUGACUGUUGAGGAGAGACAUCAAAUCAUAAGAGCUCUUCCCUUUAAGAAUCAUGGAGACGCUCUGGUUGAAAAAAUGGAUGUAGAUGAAGGUGUAUUAUCGGCAUCACUAGACAGUCCAGAACCAUUUGCUGGUGACAUAAAGAAAGAAAACGAGAAUACCGAAGAUGACAGUAAUCAAGUCUCUUCAACGUCAGAAAAUCUGCCUAAAGUAGCACAUCAAGGGUGUACCCCAAACAUGGUAGACCUUUUUCCAUCAUGUCCACUGUUCUCAAGAGUUUUGGGAUGUCCGUCUACGGCACUGUCUAGCAUAUGCAAAACAGACAUCAUCAACUGGCCCUCUGAAAUGAGUCUAAUUUGGGAUGAACAUCAUGAAUCAUCAAAAAAUAUGUUGUUUAUGCCAUACCUGGAAAAAUCCCCCUGUGAGGGAAAUAUGGUGUCUCUGACAUCCACAUGUCCAAAUGAAGCAAGAAUUCCAGGCUUUCCAUCUGCUAAGAGACCCACAGAGGCCUCAUCUCCAUCCGAUCCAGAAACAUCCAUUAUUGUUGACACAUCUUCACUGACCCUAAAUCCAGAGGAAAAGGAGGAGCAGCUGAGCAUGGAAACAUCAUUACUGGAAGACCUUUCAAAACCAAAGCCAGUUUUGGACAUCGACAGCCUUAUUGAGCAUUCAGAGAUUCAAUGCUCAAAACUUGUUCCUGAUUUCCAAUCUGCACCAAAAAGUAAAGAAAUAACUAUUCAGUCAUGUGAGGAACUAACACUUCAGUGGUCAACAAUAGUGGAGACCAAACUGAGGGGUGAUUCCAUCCCUGCGGAUGAGACCUUCAUAUCUGAAUUACCUUCACAAAUCCCAGAUUCAGUCCCUACAUCCCAAACAGAACCAAAUAUGUUGGAGCUCCUUCCAUCCUGUCCGGUGCUUUCUAGAAUCCCUGGAUGUCCAUCUUUAAGGGUAAUCGAAGACAGGGAGUACAUCUGUAAUCAGUCAAUAAUAUUUAGCCAUUUAUUAAAGGAUAGGCAAACAGGCAUUUUUAAAUCUAGUAACGAUAAACCAGAUACAAAGAUUAUAGCACUGGCACCAACAUGCCCUCAAUCAUCAAGCAUUCCAGGAUUUCCAUCAAGACCACACCUUAAAUCACAGAUGAAGCCAAACAUGAUAAACAUUGGUCCAUCUUGCCCAAAGAUUUCAAAUAUAGCUGGUUUUCCAAGCAUCCAGACACCAAGGAUGCCCAACUGGCCUAUGAGUGCAGUUAUUUUGUGGUCAUACACAUUAAAGGAACCGCCUGUUGUUUUGGACAAGAUAUGCAUAGAAAACAGUCAUCGAAUGUUUGCUUUGACACCUACUUGUCCAUCAGUGGUCUGUGUUCCAGGUUUUCCAUCUGUUCCUGAACCAAUAAUGCUAAGAUUGCUUCCCGCCUGCCCAGAGAAGUCUAAUGUUAUUGGAUUUUCUUCUAAAAGAGUCCAUUUAGAUUGGUCCAUUGACAAAAAUACAUUAUGUAAUGCGUCUUUUAAAAAGCAACCUGUUGUUCUUGUUGACAGAGUAGAAUGGUUUAACGAAUCAACUAAAAUGUUUGCAUUAGUUCCAACCUGUCCAUUAAAGGCAGAACUACCAGGAUUCCCAUAUGCACCUAAGUGCAAAGCUACACUUCCUCCCAAUAUGGUUGAUCUACAUUAUUGCCUUCCAAAGACAUCAAGAAUCAUGGGGUUCUCAUCAAGUGAGAGAAUAAACACAGGAGCAUGGUUUGAAGAAGAAACACCCAUGUUGGUGCAACCUCUGAAAACAAGAUCAGAACAGCUCAGUCAGUAUAUUUUAGCAACUCAAUAUGAAGAAAUAGACGCAAAUAUUUUGGAGAGGAUGUUUGCGCUUGUGCCCACCUGCCCGAGAGAAGCUUCCAUACUUGGUUUCCCCUCUCUACCUCAACCUAAAGUGCAGGGUUUCUAUCUCCGUAAAGAACCAGACAUAGUUAACGUUUUGCAUUGUUGCCCAAAGUCUUCUCCAACCUUAGGUGUUCCUACAGUAAAAACGGUGCCCAUAGAAGAGUCUCAAGAGAGGAUAUGGUUUGCUCAGAAACCCAUAUGGGUUAAUCCUCUUAAAGAAAGACCAAUGAUGUCUAUGAGUUGUACAGAAGAUAAUGAAAAUUAUUUUAAAAGCAUGUUCUUGCUUGCUCCAACCUGCCCUAAGCAGGCCAGAAGUGAUGGGUUUCCAUGCUCAGAAGGCCUCAGAAAGGAAGUUACCUCAUCAUCUUCCCCAGAGCCUCCAAUCUCUUCAAAAGAUGAAAACGAUUUUAAUAAUCUGACCUCUGAGGAGCCAUGUUUCCCAGUUGGAGUAGGACUUCCUGAUUUCCCACAUGCUGCUUAUGCGUUUUCUUUAAGCCCAACCCAAGAACAUGUAAUAUCUGAAACCACAUUCAGACAAUACAUAGAAUCAGAAAGGAAACAAACCCCAGAUGUAAUAGGAAGUGAUAAUUCUAAAGAAACGGGAUUUGUUCUUGAGAUGCCCUUGGCUGAAGGUAUUGAAAACUAUCAGGAGAGGUGUUUUCUGGAAGAGCAACUUGCUGACGAAGAGACUUCUAGUAAAACCCAUGAAACAGCAGAACCAGGAGAGACUGCUAUAACAUUAGGGUGGGAGGUUUUGGAGGCAGAUGAUACUUCCACAGAAAAAGAAGGCUCUUCUGGUCUUGUCAAGACUUUAGUUGAUGUCUUUCACAGAGGUUAUGAGACAGUUGCUGCAAUAUUGCAGCCCUCAAGCUCUGGAUCAGUCACGGACACACUAGAUGCUCUCGACAAUCUUUCAUCUACUGUGGAUCCAGAAGAAAGCAGUUUUCCAAUGGCGAGUGGAUGUGACCAUUCACUGGAAGAGCUCAUACAGGCUGCAGAACCCGAGGUGUUUGAAUCUGCCGAACCCUACAUGUGGCGUUUGGUUAGUGGGCGUUCAGAAACAUCACUUUCUUCAAAAGAAACUGAAAGCUGGUUUGUUGAUGAUGAAGCAUUUUGUCUAAUGAGGAAGUGGCCCCCCUUGACUGAGGCUGACCUUCAUGAGAUAAACAAAGUGGAGGAGGACAAUACACGUGUUGAGUCACUGAUACAAGAAGGUAUAUCUUCAGUUCUAGAGGAAGCUGGUAAUGAUGAGAUUGUCACAGAAAGUAAAAUGUUUGAGACAUCGAAGGAGAAGGUGUCAGCCACAAUAUCUCCAGAGGAGGGGCCCCAACAUCAUAUUGUGCAAGAAGUCUCUCUGUUCAUCCAACAAUCUAAGGAUGGAUUACUGGAUGAAGACUGUUUAUCCUUAUCAUCUUCAACAUACCUUAAAAACACACAGGCUGUCUCAGAACAGACUGCUGUUUUAACUUUAGAACCUGUGCCACCAGCAAGGACCAAGAAGCAAGACAUUCUGCAAGAGGCAUCGAUUGCUGAUCCAACUGAGCCUAAUGAUCUGAUCAAUAAUUUCUGUGUCAUAUCACAAACUGAUAAUUAUUCUCAGAGUUCACCACAUAAUGUACAGCCAGGUACAGCCCUCACUGCCAUUUUUGCAGGUAAGAGUUCAACUCCAGAAACAGAUAACCCAGUUGAUGUACCUGUUCCAUUGGCACGGACCAGAAAAAGCCAAAGUGCUUCUGUUCCUGAAGGUGCCUCUGUUGAAGAAGCAGCCAAAAUUGAGAUUUGUGCACCAACACCUAAAGAAAAGCUGAACUCCCAAGAAAUAAUAGUAUCAGGGCAUAUUAACCAUACUGAAAAUGUUACCUUGUUGGCUACAAAGGACACAGUUACACAAUUAUGUGCCCCUCUGAGAAGGAAGAGUAAAUCUCAAACCAGCAAUGUUGAUGAAGCCAGAGGAGAGUCUGAAGUAAAGAGCACUAUGUCUUCUGUCGUUGCCAACAUGUCUCAGCCUGAAGACAAAAAAAAGAUUGGAGCUGGAGAUGAAUUGAAGCUAAAAGACCAAGUGCAGCUGGAUUUGAAUGUUCCUUGCAAUGUGGAAAUUCGUAUCAAAUGUACUGGUCUUCCAGUCGCAAUGCCAUGUGUGAAAGAGCAUGUCAGUGGUUCUUUUACAGAUGAUACUUCUUCCCCUUCUGGUGGAGAAUCAGAUAACAUUAGUCUUCAAACAGAAGACUAUGAGAACCAUCUACCUGUGCCAAUGCAACGGUCAAAAAAACGUGUCAGUGUUUCUUUCAAAGAAGAUCUUGCAAUCCCUUCAUCCAAUCUUCUGCCUCAAGGAGGUUUAGAUGCUAUUGUUCACCAAACAGAAGACCAUAAAGAUUCAAGUCUACCAGUUCCAGUACCACAUGCAAAGAAAAGUCUUAGUGAUUCUUUUCCAGAUGAUCUUCCAACCCCUCUAUCUACUCCUCCACCUCAAACAGAAUUAGGCAACACUGUUCCUCAAAUAAAAUAUCCUCAAGAUCCAAGUCUGCCAGUCCCAGUUCCACGUGUAAAGAAACAUCUCAGUGACUCUUUCUCAGAAGACUUUCCAGCCCCUUCAUCUACCUAUUCAUUUCAAGCAGAUCCAAAUGAACCACAAACAGAAGACAAUCAGGAUUCAAGUCUGUCAGUUCCAGUAGCAUGUGCAAAAAAACGUUUUAGUGGCUCUUUCGCAGAUGAUGUUCUAACCCCUUCGUCCACCCUUUUUUCUAAAGCUGAUCCAGAUAACAUUGCUUUUCAAACAAAACAUAUUCAGGAUUCAAAUCUGCCAGUUCCAGUACCACGUGCAAAGAAACGUCUCAGUGAUUCUUUUCCAGAUGAUUUUCCAACCCUUCCAUACACUCUUCCAUCUCAAGCAAAUCCAGAUAGUAUUAAACCUCAAACAGAAGACAAUCAGGAUACAAGUCUGCCAAUCCCAGAGCCAUGUGUAAAGAAACAUCUCAGUGGUACUUUCUCAGAUGAUAUUACAAACCCUUCAUCCGCCCCUCUGUCUGAAUCAGAUCCAAAUAGCGCUGCAACCCAACCAGAAGACAAUCAGAAUUCAAAUCUGCCAGUUCCAAUACCACGUUCAAAGAAAUGUCUCAGUGAUUUUUUUCCAGGUGAUCUUCCAAGCCUUUCAUACACUCCUCCAUCUCAACCAAAUACAGAUAACAUUUAUAUUCAAACAGAAGACAAUCAGUAUACAAGUCUGCCAAUCCCAGAGCCACGUGUAAAGAAACGUCUUAGUGGUACUUUCUCAGAUGAUAUUACAAACCCUUCAUACAGCCCUCUGUCUGAAGCAGAUUCAGAUAGCACUGUAACCCAACCAGAAGACAACCAGGAUUCAAAUCUGCCAGUUCCAGUACCACGUGCAAAGAAACGUCUCAGUGAUUCUUUUCCAGAUGAGUUUUCAUCCCCACCAUACACUCCUCCAUCUAAAGCAGAUCCAGAUUGCACUGCAACCCAACCAGAAGACAAUCAGAAUUCAAAUCUGCCAGUUCCAAUACCACGUUCAAAGAAAUGUCUCAGUGAUUUUUUUCCAGGUGAUCUUCCAAGCCUUUCAUACACUCCUCCAUCUCAACCAAAUACAGAUAACAUUUAUAUUCAAACAGAAAACAAUCAGGAUACAAGUCUGCCAAUCCCAGAGCCACGUGUGAAGAAACGUCUUAGUGGUACUUUCUCAGAUGAUGUUCCAACCCCUUCAUACACUCUUCUAUCUCAAGCAGAUCCAGAUAGCACUGCAACUCAACCAGAAGACAAUCAAGACUCAAGUCUGCCAGUCGUAGUGCCACUUGUAAAGAAUCGUCUCAGUGGCUGUUUCUCAGAAAAUCUUCCAGCCCCUUUAACCACUCCUCUGUCCGAAGCAGAUCCCGAUAAAAUUGCUCCACAAGCAGAAUACUGUCAAGAUUUAAGUCUGCAAUUGACAAUGCCAGUUGUAACAGGACUUCAAAGUGAUUCAAUUCCAGAUGAUACAAGUAUACCCAUCCCUUCUCAUUUCAAGAAUGACAGGGACUCUAAUGAAAACCUUCCAAGCUUGACUCAAGUUUCUCCCUCGAUAGUCUCAGAAGAAGCCAAGCUUCCUCUCUUGGAAAGUAAAGAAUGUGCUGUUGAAGUUUCCACACAGUUGAGCACAGAAGCAGGGAUAAAGAAAUCAACCACCUCUGUUGCCAGUGAAGUAGAGUUAACCAGCAUGUCAAACAGAAAGGGCCUGGAGGAGUCUUAUUUAGAUACCGUUGGGCUGGUAGACCCUGAUGCGGCAGAGAUCAAUGAAAAACCAAAGACUGGUGAUAUAUUUGGUGAACAUAGUGAGGAUGAUGAGGGGAGGUAUAGUGUUAAAGAAAAGGAAAGUGAAAAAGAUCAAAGCAUUGAAGAAAAGAUGACUGCUGUAUAUUUUGGAGAUGAUGCUGUUGAUUUGAGCACUGUAGAUGACACAGGGGUUGUCUUAGAUGUUUCUAGACAAUCUGCAGCAGAAGAUUCCCCAAGCGCUCCUGUGCCAAUGCCUCGCGUCAAGAAACGUUUAAGUGCCUCUUUUCCAGAAGACUCCAUUACCAGUUCCUCAUCAGACAACCAAUGUAAGGUUUCAGAAAAGUCUCUUAAUGAGCCAACAGUGCCUGCUCGUAAUAAACGAAGAGCUGCAGGAGAUGCCAUAGACCUUCAGGAAGCUUCCACAGCCCACACAUCGUCAAACAGUGAAACAGAGAUUGCGACCUUGGUGAAUUCAAGUCAGUCUCUGUUGGAAUGGUGCCAAAAAGUCACGCAAGGUUACAAGGGUGUGCGUAUCACAAACUUCAGCACCUCGUGGAGAAACGGACUCGCUUUCUGUGCCAUCCUGCAUCAUUUUCAUCCAGAAAAACUGAAUUAUGAAAUGCUAGAUCCAUAUGACAUUAAGCGCAACAACAAGAAGGCAUUUGAUGGCUUUGCUGAACUGGGCAUCUCCCGCCUGAUCGAGUCCUCUGACAUGGUGCUGCUGGCAGUGCCCGACAGGCUCAUCGUGAUGACGUAUCUCAACCAGAUCCGCACCUAUUUCACAGGCCAGGAGCUCAGUGUCAUACAGAUCGAGAAGAACAGCAGCGAGUCCAGUUACGCCGUCGGUGAAAAGAGGGAAGAAGCCGAUCACGAAGCCGCUGUUCGCUACUGUGCCGAAAGACUCCAGAGCAGCGGCAUCACUCUAGAAACAAAUGGAAAUGCUCCAGAACGGGAAGCUAAAGCAGGUGCCGGAGCUAUAGUGGCUCCUCCAAGAACCAAGCGAACACAGGGCUUAAACCAAACUGGUGGAUCAGGAGCCGCUCAGCCUCCAGUGGCUCCACCCAGAACUCACACCUCAAAGGCUUUUUCUCAUAUCAAGGAUGCAGAUCUUGUAAAGAGACGGAGAUCGAAGCUGCGGGGAGAGUCUCUGGAUGAGCCCGAACAACACAAACAGCAGAGCAGUGUUGAGGCUGCAUCAGUCCAAGCAGAAACUGAAGCAACCAAAGGAAGCUCAGAAUCACAAAACGUGGAGAUUGUUGACGAGGCCGCUGCAGGAGAGAACCAGGAUGUCAGUCAGUAUGUGCUCAGUGAGAUGCAGGCGCUGGAGGCUGAACAGAGGCAGAUUGAUCGCAGAGCAGACACUGUGGAGAAGAAACUCAGGAGAAUUAUGCAGUCUGGUAUUGAUCGUGUGGAAGAGGAGGCUCUCAUUCAGGAGUGGUUUACGUUAGUCAACAAGAAGAACGCUUUAAUCAGGAGACAAGACCAUCUACAGUUACUACAAGAAGAACAGGACCUGGAAAGGAGGUUCGAGCUGCUGAAGAAAGAGCUGCAAGAUCUUAUGGCAGUGGAAGAAUGGAAGAAAACACAGGCUCAUAAAACCAGAGAGCAGCUGUUGUUGCAGGAACUGGUGUCUUUAGUCAACCAGAGGGAUGAGCUUGUGCAUGACAUGGACGCCAAAGAGAGAGGGGCCCUCGAAGAGGACGAGAGGUUGGAGAGAGGUCUAGAAAUGAGGCGCAGGAAGUAUGGAAGUCGGAAAGAGAAGUGUGUGUUACAGUGAGGGAUGGACCGGACCCUCCUUUUACACACUGUUGACAGACGGUUAAGGUGUGUUUGUGUGGACCAUAGCGCAAAAAA